GAAACCACCAUGUCCUCCCCCGACUCCGACUCGCCCAAGAUUGUGCUCCACUGGCUAGAAAAGUCACGCGCGCAGCGUAUUCUCUGGUUGCUUGAAGAGCUCAAUGUGGCCUACGAAAUCAAACGAUACAAACGCGACCCCAAGACCGCGCUGGCCGAUCCGCAGCUCAAGGCCAUUCACCCGCUCGGAAAGGCACCAGUGAUCACUAUUGGCGACAUGGUGCUGGCCGAAAGCGCAUUCAUCACCGAGUACCUUUCUGACCACUUUGGCGGUGGCGCGUUGGUGCCAAAGCGGUGGAAAGACGGGCAGGAGGGAAAGCUGGGCGGCGAGACAGAGUCGUAUCUGCGCUACCGCUAUUUCAUGCACUACACCGAGGGCUCGCUCAUGUCGCUGCUCCUUGUCGCGCUCGUCCAAAACAACAUCAAGACCGCGCCGGUGCCCUUCUUCAUCAAGCCUGUCACCUCUGGCAUUGCGGGCAAGAUCGCGAAAGGCUACACGGACCCCAACUUUGUCGCCCACUUCCAAUUCCUCGAAGACCAGCUUGCGACUGCACCAGAGGGCGGGCCUUAUCUUUGCGGGCCUACAUUGACCGGAGCGGACCUCAUGAUGAGCUAUCCCACUCUCCUUGCAACAAGUGGAAGUGCUCGCGCGCCUGGAGGCCUAACGAAGGAGAGCCACCCCCGGUUGUUUGCGUAUGGUGAAAAGCUGCAGGAGAGCGAGAGCUACAAGCGAGCGGUGGAGAAGAUCAUUGCGUUGGAAGGAGAAUAUUCGCUCAGUCCUUGA